AUGACGUCCCAAACCGGUGUAAUCGGGAUCUCAGGACCCUCAUCCAGCGGUAAAACGACCCUAGCUCGAUUACUACAGAGGAUAUUUUCUAAAGCGGACGAGAGUCUUUUCACAUUUAUUGUCCAUGAGGAUGAUUUUUAUUUUCCCGAUGAUCGAAUUCCAUACACAACGACCGCAUCCGGGAAAGCAGUCCAAGACUGGGAUACCAUCGACGCAAUCGAUGUCAAAUUCCUAUCUUCGGCUUUGUCUUACGUCCGUGAACAUGGACAUCUUCCGCCCCGUCUGAAGAGUAUCCAGGAUCUCAAUGAAAAGUCGGACUCGGGUGUUGAUGAGGAGACGAUUCUUCAGUUGCAAAAGGAAGUGGUGGGUCGACUUUGCUUGCUUUUUCAGCAGCAGCAGAAGCAGCAACCUGGUUCCGGAAAUGAAGGAACUAUGGCUCCAGUUAAGCGUACGAUUGCUUUUCUGGAAGGGUUUCUAUUGUACAGUCCCCCCGAAUCCGAGGAUAAAGACCAUGUUCUUCGACCCGUACAUGAGAAUAUUGAUGUCCAUCUGUUUUUGCCCGCGCCAUACGAUAUGGUGAAGUCGCGGCGUGAGAGUCGGAGUGGAUAUGUGACGAGUGGGCCUGCGCCAGAGCCUACCUCAUUACCGCAAAGAAGUUCAGUGUCUGAUGAAGUGGACUUGGAAGGUGAAGAUAAUCGGCCGCCGCAGAACUUCUGGACGGAUCCACCAGGCUAUGUGGACGAUAUCGUGUGGCCGCGGUAUGUGCAGGAUCAUGCCUGGUUGUUCCUACCUGAAGGGGAAUCACAGAAGAGUAACAUUUUAAGCGCAGACUCCCAGGAGUUGCUUAACCAAGUGGGACAAGGAGUGAACCUGAGAACAAAUGCUGGUGUCAUCGUAGCUCCUGGACGAGGCACUAAGCCUAUGUUAGAUAUUCUAAAGUGGGCGGUUGAGGAGGUACUAAACUACUUGGAGACCACUCAACGGCUAGAGUAA